AUGAUUGAUAACUCAAACACUUGUAUAUAUUGCUAUAUUAACAAAAAAAAUAAAUGGAAUUUUUACAUAAAUUUAAGAGAUGUUACUGAUCUGAAGGAACUUGAUGAAUUAUUAAAUGAAGAGGAAAAUUGUUAUAAUAAUAAUAAAAAAAAUAUAAAUUUUAUAAAUGAACAAAACUUAUUAGGUGAAGUAAUAAAAGCAUAUAUAUUUUGCAAUCAUCCAAAAAUAAAACGAACUUGUAAUUUAUGUUUAAUGUCAUGGAUAUCGACGAGACAAUGUUGGUUUGAUUGUGAUGAACUUUUAUUAAAUAAAUAUUUUGAAGAAUUAUUAGAGCCUUUAAUAUUUAUAUGCAAAGUAUUAAAAGAAAAGGUUAUAUAUUAUUUUUAUCAAAUACCCAAAAAACUAUAUAUAGCAUUUACAAAUAAGUUUAAGAUAUAUCUAAAAAUAUACAAGAAUAAAGAAGUUAUUAUGAGUCUUAUAUCAUCAGCAUCAGAUAUAUUUCAUUCAAAAAUGAAUUAUUCUCAAUGUUAA